UGCAUUUCCUCACGUGGCCUGUAAGAGUCGCUGUGGAGUGAAGGAAAAAACAGGCACACAUGCAGCCUGGCUGCGUGUAAACCGCACGCACAGUGAGAGAGACCGAUCAGCAGACACACGGACGCGGCGAGGCAGCUCACCCGCAGGGCAUGAUCCAGAGACGCAACACACCGCCAGUGCUUCUGUUCUGGAAACGCACACUUUCUAUCCACUUCUCACAAAGGACGAGGAGGAUCAUGCACGCACUGCAGCUCCUCUAACUGGACUUCUUGAUUUCCCCCCUCCUCGUUGUUGUUGGAGAAAGUACUAAGAAUGAUGAGCAGCGGUCCUACUAUAGUUUACGAGUGGCUGAAAACCCUGCAGCUCACCCAGUAUGUCGAGUCUUUUGUGGAUAACGGCUACGACGACCUGGAGGUGUGUAAGCAGAUUGGAGAUCCUGACCUGGACGCCAUCGGUGUGUUUCCUCCGCAUCACAGGCUCAAAGUUCUCCGAGCAGUGCAGAGACUGAGAGAGGAGGACAAGAAGCUGGCCCCGGGUCUUUACUUUACCUUGGAGCCACUUCCAGAUGUCUCCAAUGUCUAUGACAGCAAAGCCACUGGGUCCAAUUGGGAAAGAGAAAGACUUGAGCUGUCCAAUAACAACAAUCUACUGCUCGGAGUCCCUGAAGAUCCAAUGUCUUUCCCGAAACUCAAGCUCAAGAUCCUGAUCCGAGAUAAGCUGAUCAAGGAUGGGAUAGAUCUGAGUAAGCCUCCUUACUCCAUUAAGGAUGGCUCUUUGGGAAACAUUGAAGAUUUGGCUAAGGAGUACUCAGAGUAUUACAGUACCUCUUACGGUGACGUGUGUGAGAGGAUGGAGGAGCUUCGCAAACGCAAAGUGGCUCAGGAAACAGAGAUUACACUUACUGAGUCAAUGAUUACAUCACUUCAGCUACGUUCAGAAAUCCAGGAAUCCCUGGGGCUGAGCAGUACCGUGUCCACUCCUGAGGUUGAGAGAAGGCUGUUCAUGCACAAGUCAGGCUCAGAAGAUGGAUCUGGAGGAAAAUGGGACAGAAAAAAAAACAAAUCCUUCUGGCAGAAUUUCCGCAAGACCCAGAAAGGCAUUAUACGCCAGACAUCAAAAGCUGAUGACCUUGGCUUUGUAGCCAGUGAGAUCACAAUGAGCGAUGAAGAACGUAUUCAGCUGAUGAUGAUGGUGAAGGAGAAGAUGAUAACUGUAGAAGAGGCCUUGGCACGGCUGAAAGAGUACGAAGCUCAUAAUCGUCAGUCCUGCACCACGGACACAACUGAGUGGAAUGAUGCCUCCAGUCCCAAUGCGAACAACCUCUCAGUGAGCUUUACCUCACAGGAGCAGUCAGAUGAUGAGCUGGAGGACUCGCAGGCUUUUCGCAGGCUUCACAAGCUGGUCAACUCAACUCGCCGUGUAAAGAAGAAGCUCAUUAGAAUAGAUGAGAGCAAAAAACACACAUCAAAAGACUCAUUGAGCUCAGACUUCUCUCCCACAUGCGAGGAAAAAGCCUCUCUCUACUCGGGUGUACAGAAGCACCUAGUCAUGUCUCAGGGUGAUGGAAUGGCCUCAGCUCUGUGUGUGGAUGGCGAUUCAGACAGCCUGACCACAUCUCCAUCUUCCAGCAGCCUGGACACCUACAGUGGCUAUAAGCAAUUUAAGCUGUUUAACAGUAGCCAGGGGCUAAGCUACCCUCCCACUGGGCCCAGUGUGGACACUUCAAUGAUGGAUGCAGGCAGCCACUCAUCCUUUUCCGAAGCUGAGGGCUGCUGUGAGGAGGAGCCGAGGAUAACCCGCUCUGUGACUGAUGGAGAAAUGCGACGGGCCCUGAGCCCCUUGAAAUUACAUGGGAGGGCAUGUAGCUUUGGAGGUUUUGACCUAAUGAACCAGUCUUUAUACACACGACACAGCUGUAACACAUCUAGUGAUAAUGGGACCAUCAGCAGGAGGGAUGCAGCGAGGUCACCCACUCCGUCCCGCAUCUCGCUUGGGAAGAAGGUGAAGUCGGUGAAGGAGACCAUGAGGAAACGCAUAUCCAAGAAAAGCAGUUCUGUCCUGUUUGAGCAGCUAAGUCUAAGCAGAGAGCCUGAAUCACUCCAGUCCCCCCACACAGACACGGACUCGCUGGAAAAACCCAAACUGAAGUCUGGCGGUUCUGUCGAGAGUUUGAGGAGCUCACUAAGUGGGCAGAGCUCAAUGAGUGGUCAGACGGUAAGCACUACAGACUCCUCUGCAAGUAACAGAGAGAGUGUGAAAUCAGAAGAUGGUGACGACGAAGAGUUGCCUUACAGGGGGCCAUUUUGUGGCAGAGCCCUUGUACACACUGACUUUAUCCCCAGUCCCUAUGACACAGAUUCCCUCAAACUCAAGAAAGGGGAUGUUAUAGACAUAAUCAGUAAGCCUCCAAUGGGUACAUGGAUGGGCCUCUUGAAUAACAAAGUGGGCACCUUCAAGUUCAUCUAUGUGGACGUGCUGAGUGAGGAAAUUGAAAAGACCAAAACCAGCAUCAGGAAGAGAAGGAAGAGUCGACCUCCCAAACCCACGUCUGUGGAGGAGCUUCUAGAGCGCAUCAACCUUAAAGAACACAUGCCCACAUUCCUGUUUAAUGGAUAUGAGGAUCUGGAAACGUUUAAGUUACUUGAGGAGGAGGAUCUGGAUGAGCUGAACAUCAGAGACCCACAGCACAGAGCAGUGUUGCUGACUGCAGUAGAGUUGCUGCAGGAGUAUGACAUUAACAGUGACCCUGAGACCAGUGGUUCUGUAGUAGACCCAGACGAUAAGGUUCAGCCUGAGUUAUCAACUCCCUCAAGAGAUUCUCCACGCGACUCUGGUUGCUAUGAGAGCAGUGAGAAUCUGGAGAAUGGGAAAGGCAAAAAGACAUCUCAUUUAAGCAGGUCAUCAUCAGGCUUUGAAUCCAGUCACCUGCCAUCUCCUGAGUAUCCCACUUCUCCUCUAAGCCAGUCCAGCAGCAGGCAGGAUCCACAGUCUCACCUGACACCUUUUCAGAUAACCUCCAUCAAAGAUGUUCAUUUAGAAACAACUUGCUCCUUGCUCAGGAUAAAGCCUCUCAGUCACAGCUAUGAUGAGUUGCUUCGCAUUCCUGUACCUCAAGGCUUGUGGAAACGUUCUCUUUCAUUGGAUUAUCAGAUCCUCCACAGGAAGGAGCCAUCUAACCCAGAAGACUUGACACCAACCCAACCCAUAAAACCUGAUGCUUUGCUGCAGAGGUAUAGCCCUGCCGAGCAAGAUGAAGCUCUAGAGGCCAAACAUGAAGAUGAAUCUGAAGAGCUAGGAACAGGAGAUGAGCUGACAUUUCCUUCUGUUGACUCUUCCACAGAUGUAGAGAGUGAGGAGGUGCCUAUAGAUAGUGCUGAAACAUACCCACCUGAUCCUUCUUUACACCCACCUCGCAUAAAACCACCUGUUCCUCCUAAACCUCAUCCACUUUUUACUGACAGAGAGACAACAAACCCUGAUAACAAACACGUGUUCCCAAACACGACAAUUCCACACAAAUCAGACAUGGCCUCUGAUUUUCCCAAGUCCAGCAAACCUUUUAUCCACAGGCUUGGAAAGAAGGUGCAGCAUCCCCAACCAACUAAUCUGGAGUUACUUGUAGAACAGAAGUUAAGUUUGGAUGGUAUAGACCUCACAGAGGAGCCUUAUUCUGACAAGCAUGGUCGAUACAAAGUCCCAUUCUCCCUAAUUCAAAGAUAUUCUGAAGAUUUAGAUAAGCCUUUGGGGGAUAUUGCCACAGCAAUGGAUCAGACCAGAGUCCAGCUGCUUCGCAAACAGCACCGUAUGGCAAUCCCACUAAGAGGUUUAUCAGAGAUUUGUAUAAAGCUGUGAACCAUUGAGUAAUGUUGGAUUCCAGAUCUUCAUGUUGUGGUCAGAGCAUCACCCACUGCCAUAAAGGUUGUAAAUGUACAAAGGCUGAUGUCAAAAUGUCUGAAAGAAGGAACGAUUUUAAUGACUGUCAUGAAGGAAAUCUGUUACUGAUUGCAAGAUUGAACAACUGUUUUAAAAAGAUUUU